AAUCAGCAGAUUUUCGAGUGGUCUCCUGCAACGGAUAUAUUGUGUCGAGGAAAGGAGAAUGGGCCAGUAGCUCGUGUCCGCCUUCCGUGGAAGAAGGCGAAAGUUUACAUUUAGUCGACGAGCGGAACCAGACAAGAAUGCAGAGAAAAAGAGGGUGCUGUCUGCUCGGCGGCGUCCUGCUGUUGCUGGUGCUCGGGGCGGUCAUAGGCGUCAUCGUGUACUUCGUCACACGCGGAUCAGACGAGCCGUUGGCGACGGUCAAGCAAGGGGUGCUCCGCGGCCUGCAGAAGGAGUCGGAGACCGGCUCUCACCUCCCCUACGUCGCCUUCCUGGGCAUUCCGUACGCUCUGCCGCCCGUAGGAAAGCUGCGCUACAAGGCGCCGCAGGCUCCCGCAUCGUGGGGUGGGACUCGUGACGCGACACAACAGAUGCCCAAAUGCAGCCAGAUGCAGCCGGAUGGAAUAACUGUUGAGGGCAGCGAGGAUUGCCUGUAUCUGAACGUCUACACGCCCGCCUUGCCGAACCAGGGCAACGAUAACAAGUCGCCAAUGCCAGUCUAUGUCUUCAUUCAUGGUGGCAAGUUCCAAUCCGGGGGUGCUUCAUGGGAAGAGUUUGGUCCCGACAACUUCAUAGAGCAGAAGGAUAUUGUUGUCGUGACCAUACAGUACAGAGUUAAUUCGUACGGUUUCGUUAGCUUGGAUAGUGAAGAGAUGCCAGGAAACUGUGCGAUAAAGGAUGCCAUCGCAGCUUUGCAAUGGGUCAACGAAAACAUUGGAGCUUUCGGCGGGGACCCGAAUUUAGUGACGAUCGGUGGACAGUCGGCCGGGUCGUGCUUGGCCGGCUGGUUGACUAUACUGCCGGAGACAAAAGGUUUGAUGCGCGGCGCGAUUCUGCAGAGUGGCUCAGCCUAUCACAACUGGGCGUACGGGGAAGACCACGUGGACAUGACUCUUGAGCUCGCGUCCAUCGUGGCGGGCCACAGCGUGACGGACAAGUCGGAGGCCGAGAGGGUGUUGAUGGCGGCCGAAACCGAGCCCCUGACGAAGGCGACCUGGCAGCUGAUCAACGAAAAGAUGAAGACCCAGCCCGAACUACCCUACCGGCCGACUCCGGAGAGGCGGGUGGCAGGCCGGGAACCUCUCCUCAUAACCCAAGAUGUUGAGAGUUACUUCCUGCAACCGCCGAGCCCACACGUCCCUCAGAUGCUCGGAAUAACCAACGAGGAAUGGCGGUUUUAUUAUUACACUAACAAUCCUACCAGCGAUCCAAGUAAAGACGAAGAAUUGCUACAAAAUCUGCAUCUGCAUGUGCCGAAGGAUUUGAUCCCGUAUGCCGACACCCGUAAAAUUUUGGGUCUACCAGAGAAAAAUAUCGAUUACAAUACUGUGAUAAAAAGAGUCGAAGAAGCGAUACGAAACGAGGUCUCACCCUCCUGCAAAUUAGGCUGUGUUCUGAAAAAGUACUUCGACGGCAUCUGGAUGGCCACCGACACCCACCGCCUCGGCGCCUACCUCGCGGCCCGCAACGAGACCGUGUACCUGUACCGCUUCGGCGUGCGGACGAGACUCAACCGACCCAUCAUCGACCCGCUGCCGGACGACGAGCGAAGUGCCGCAAUGCAUGGCGACGACCUGAAUUACCUGUGGCACGAACAGAAAAACAAGGGUAAAGAGCCAACCAGCUUAGAGUCACUCACAACGAAGAGAAUGGUGGCCAUGUGGGCUUCCUUCAUAAAGAACGGGAAACCGGUCACGGCCACAAACGACUUGCUUCCCGUCGACUGGACACCAAACUCGGGCACGAAUCUAGAAGUCACGUUCCUCGACAUUGGGGAGAACUUGACGCUGCGCACAGAAGCCCUGGCGCCAGUAAUGCUCCCCUUUUGGUAUGCGCUGUACAAAGAGUACCGAACACCUUCAAAUAUCAAAUAGCACUGAGUGAGAAUGAAUCCAGAAGCAAAUAAAGAAACCUGGCUUCAGCAGAAUCUCUGUUAGUGUAAAAUGAAAUGUGACGGGGAGAAGGUUCAUCCACUGGCAUAAAUAUUUAAUUUUUCAUGAGAAAUGUUGUGAAAAGUAGUAAAAUUACUUGGUUUGCUUGAAUUUGCAAUACCACUCGUACUUUGAAAAAAAAUCAUAGUGAAGAUGGAACCGAGAACUGAGAAUGGUGUCAGAAUGAUCUCCAAACGACAAAUUGUUCAGGUUUAAAUAAAGUUUUAUAUAAUAAAACGUA